AACUGCGGACCAAUCAUUCUUUUCUAGGGAUGAGUCGGCGGAGUUCCGGAAAUGGCGGUCGGGUCUAAAGUGGGGCUUCUCCGCAGAAAAUCAAUGGAGUCGAGCAGUUAACGAAAAGAACACAGAAGAUCUUACUUGCUUUGUGCCAUUACCAAGAUGGCAGACCGUGAGGAACGUAAGUUUGCUGAGUUACCCAGAGAUUCCAUCAAGGUGAUGGCAGAGGCCAUUGGGGUGGAUCUGAGUGAUGAUAUUGCAGCUGUGCUGGCAGAAGAUGUUUGCUAUCGACUAAGGGAAGCCACCCAGAACAGCUCGCAGUUCAUGAGACAUGCAAAGCGUCGCAAGUUAACAGUGGAGGAUUUCAACAGAGCCUUGCGUUGGAGUAAUGUUGAGGUGGUUUGUGGGUAUGGUUCCCAGGACAAUCUCCCUUUCCGUUCCUUCAAGGAUGGAGAGCUGUUUUUUGUCGAAGAUCGAGAGAUUAAUCUUGUUGAUCUUGCGCUCGCCACAAAUAUCCCCAAAGGCUGCGCUGAGACUAUGGUUCGAGUCCAGAUUUCAUACUUGGAUGGAAAAGGAAAUCUGGAACCUCAAGGCACAGUUCCAGCAGCUGUCCAGUCCCUGACUGAAGACCUCCUCAAGUAUUACCAGCAGGUUACAAGGGCUAUUCUAGGCGAGGACCAGCAUCUUAUGAAGGUUGCAUUACAAGAUCUUCAGACUAAUUCAAAGAUAGCAGCUUUGCUCCCUUAUUUUGUAUAUGUUGUCAGUGGGGUGAAGUCUGUGAGCCAUGACCUGGAGCAGCUAAACCGCCUGUUGCAUAUCGUGAAAAGCUUGAUUCAGAAUCCUUACCUUUACCUGGGGUCCUACAUUAAGAGUCUGGUGUCCAGUGUCAUGUAUUGCAUCCUGGAGCCUCUUGCAGCCUCUAUCAACCCUUUUAAUGAUCACUGGACCCUGCGGGACUAUGCUGCCAUGCUACUCAGUGACAUACUCUGGGCUCAUGGAGACUUGGUGAGUGGUCUGUACCAUCAGAUAUUGUUGUCACUCCAGAAGGUUCUGGCCGACCCAGUUCGUCCUCUUUGUUCACAUUAUGGAGCUGUAGUGGGACUGCAUGCUCUUGGAUGGAAGGCAGUUGAACGGAUUUUGUAUCCUCACCUCUCUGCCUAUUGGUCCAAUUUGCAAGCUGUUCUUGAUGACUAUUCAGUUUCCAAUGCUCAAGUCAAAGCUGAUGGACACAAAGUUUAUGGAGCUAUCCUGGUAGCAGUGGAGAAACUCCUGAAGAUGAAAGCACAGUCCCAUGCUGUGCCAGCAGAGUGCAGCGCCAGUGAAGGCAGAGCUGAAAGGGAGGUCUCACCGGGGCUAAGCCCAUUACAGGAGCCCCUGUCAGAGCUGGGUUUUGGAUUUGCCAGUCACAUACUACAGGGAGGGCCAGGAGUGCCCUCUGAGAAGCCAGUGCCUGUCCCUUUGCCAACGAUGUACAAUGAAUUAUAUGACUUCUUUGGGGACAGCCUUGCAGUGCGCUUUAGCACUGGACCUGGCAUCAGACAUCCAGAUGGCAGAGUGACCAUCAGUGAUCGAUUAUUCCAGCCUUCAGAUAUUAAGAAAGAAGGCUGCGGAGCUGGGAGUGGAAAUAGUAAUGUAGAGACAACUCGCAAAAUGCCUCAGUUGACUGCUAGCUUGUCCAUUAGCCCCCGGGAUGAUGGUAGUCCUAAACUAGAUCCGACACCGCAAUCCUGCUCUUCUAAUUCCAUCUCUGCGAGGUCUGCUUCAUUCCAUUGCUCUUCCUCUCUUCCAAGAUCUAAGUCCUCAUCUUCUUCAAGACAAGGCCAGCGAUCAGCACCAAGAGACGUCUUUCAGAAGAGCCGGUUCACACACUCUCAGGCAACAGUCCCCCACCUCUCAUUUCUGAUCUCUGGCAGACAGAUGGGUCGGAGAUGCCAAGGCCGCCGUUUUCAGACCAGUUUCCCUCGGCUUCAUCCCGCCAGCUCUUCCCAGGCUGCACGUGGUUAUGCGCACAAGCUCCCUGUAAUUGGGCGCAUGGUUAAACCAAUAAAGAGGUGGGUGUGUUCUGAAUACUCCCUGCAUCUGCCAUUGUGAAACUGGAGCUCUGUGUCCUUUUAUCGUUAGGCGCAUUGCAGGGUUCAGCAGCAAAAAAAAUGUUGAUUUUGAAAGGAAGUGCUGGCGACAAAAAAGCUAAAGCAGGAGCUAUGAGGUAUUUGUCAUUAUUGCCAAGGAAGAGCGUUACAUUUUUUCUGAGACGUGUCGUCUUUGUUGGACAAUCAGAGGCUUAUAAGUAGACUCUGCAUGUUAACGCUUGCAGGCCACCAUGUGUAAUAUCCUCUGUGCAGGUGCUCCCGGCCGAUUCUGCUACUCCACUUUGUAGUGUUCCUUUUCACUCACAGCUGCCAUGCUUGUCUACGUGGCACUAGAAUGCCUAUUUAAAUAAUAAGCAAAGUUGGAGAGUGUAUUUGUAUUAUUUAGGGUUUAAAAAAGAGCUGUUGAUUGCAUUAAAAAAUGCUUUAGCGUUUAUGGGAGAAAAGACUCCGUAGAGGGCGUUUAAUAUUUAGGGACACGCUUGGAGAGUGUUAGGUCCUUUACUUUUGCAGUUUAACGCCUGCUGCACUCUUGUUGACCGACCGACACUUUAAGAAAUUCACACUAAUGUUCAUUUGGAGGCUGU